UGCAAAUAUACUAAACUGAUGCAAAGCGAUAGCACUAUAUUACUGUUUCAUUUAUACUAUUGUUUUACGUAUUUAUACUACUGUUCUAAUAUAGGUAUGCUUACAUUAUUUAUUAACUUUACUUCGAACAUUAUACAUUCAAAUGUUACGUAAAUAUUUCUCUAGAUGUGCGCGAUUUUAUAAUUAAUAUUUACGCAGACUGUCCUCGAAAUGUUUUCGUCAUCUCCUAUUAGAAAAUAGAGUUCCAGGAAAAAUCUUAUUUAUCGUGCAUAAUAAUGUAAUAAAAUAGCAUAAUAGUGUAAUAAAAUAGCAUUGAAGUAAUGUAAUACGUUGCUAUUUUUCGAAGUAAAGUUUAAUAACAUAAAGUCACCUUGAUGUCUAGACUAAAAAGAAACUCGGUCUUCGCUUCGCAUGUCACUUGGCGCGAGACGCGACCGCGCCUCUUAAUUUUGCAUACCAGACGAUAAAUAAGAUUAAAUAAAAGAUUUCUUGGAAAUCAAUUUUCUAACGUUUAAGCUAUUUGCGCAAAAUCUAUUCGCGCGGUAAAUAAAUUCAUGUAAUUGCGUCUUUUGAGUCAUAUAAAUAUAUCCGAGGAAGUAUUAUUUCCAGUUUCAUUUGCGACGUCAAUCAGUUACCAUUCUGUCGUUAGUAAUCAGUGCUUGACAGAAAUUUCUGUAAAAUGACGCCGUUUAAUGUAGCAAACGUAAUAAACAUGUUAGCUACUACGUUUCAAAUUGCGAGUAUAACACAGACACCUAUAACACCAGUGGAAAUUGAAGUACAUAACGAAAUUACGAAAUAACGAACAAAAAUAUUUUACAAAAAGCUCAGGACACACGUUCAGUGAUAUUGAUAGAUCAUGAUUACGUGCUUGAUUUUGAAGAUCCGUCGGAGCCACAUUCCACGCAAGUUGUAGAACAUAUUACGCCUGCAGAAAAAGAAGAAGAUGAAGGCAGUUUCGAACCUGAAGAAUGCGUUGUUGAUGAUGAAGGAGGCAUAGUCGACUUCAGUUAUAAGAGAAAAGCUGUGGAGUUUUGGAAAAGUGGAAAAAAGGCCUGUAGAAUUUUAAGUGCAGUACAACACAAAUUCCGCAAGGUUAAAUCUUAUCAUCAACUAUACAGGUGGGAGACAAGUUUAGAAAAAGGUGGAACAAAUGCAGAUAAAUUUGCAUUUAUUGCGGAAUAUGUACUGCACAAGUUUCAAGAAGCUUGUGAUAGAAAAUCAAUCAUUCAUGAUAUGAAUUUAAGAUUAUGGGCCUUGGAGGCAAAGGAUCAAGUGGAUCUACCCGAAUUCAGGGCAAGUAAAUGGUGGAUUUGGAAGUUUAAAAAAGUACACGGAAUUGUUUCUCGAAAAAUAACCGCAUUCCGAACGCAAUUUACAUUUAAAGAUCAAGAAAAUAUACAAAAUGUCGCAAAAGAAUUUGUUUCAAAUGUAAAGUCCAAGAUCCCAGCUAUAGGACUAGAAGAAGUUUAUAAUGCAGACGAGAGUGGCUUCAACCUUGAAAUACAUUCUGGGCGAACAUUAGCGAAAUCAGGAGUGAAAAUAAUUGAGGCAGCAGUUCAAAGUAUAUCUUCAACAACACAUAGUUAUACUAUAAUGCCUCUUAUUUCGGCAAGUGGAAAUCUUCUUUCACCACUGUACAUCGUUUUGAAGGGGUCUACAGGAACAUUUGGACCGAGGGUGGAAGAAACUCUAUUUCGUCCAGUUAACAUAUACAUCCAGGCUUCAAAAUCAGGAAAACUCACUGCAAAACAUUUCAAAACUUGGUUCACCGAAGUAUAUCUACCGAAUACUGGCAGUAAAAGUAUGCUUCUACUUGACUCAUGGACGGGACACUGCCCGAGCCAGCUAGAGCAACAUGUACCACAAGUUUCCGCCUUCAAAAUGCGACACUUGUAAAGCAAGUGUCCCGGUGAAUAUAGUACGACCACUCAUUGAUGAAACAAAUUCUUCUACAGCUCCUCCUUUUACAGCUGAAGAAAUCAUGCGGCGCGGUGGCGGAAGAGGAGCAAUAAUUCAAAUACUACGGGAGAGGCGGGAGGCUCGUGAAAAUCGUUAAUUUAUAAUUUUGUAUAAUUUUUAAUUUUGACUUUCCACGACAAUUAGAAUAUGUAACUAUUUUUUACUCGAGAGUCGUUUACUCAAGUUUAAUUGUUUAACAAUAUUUUGUUAAUAUUAAGAUAUUUAUGAUAGCGGCUGAUGGAGGCCUAGUGAGGCAGAAAUUGGUUCCGCGUUAUUAUAAUAAUGUACAUUGCUCGCUAAUGUAUAAUGCUUGCUCCUACUUGUACAUAAUAAAAAUAUAUGUAAUUUAGAAUAA